AUGCCGGCAAUUGCUGGUGUGGCCUUCGGACCACUUGUCCUCCAAGAUUUCAUGUUCAAGAACAUGGACUUGUCGAUGCUGGAGAUGGUGCUUGCACCCAAGGUCACGGGUGCUCGUCUGCUAAACGAACGUCUCUCGGACCCUGCUAACCCGCUCGACUUCUUUGUGAUGUUCUCGUCCUUUGUCAUGGUCUCCGGGAAUCCCGGACAAGCAGCGUACAGCGCUACAAAUGCAUACACGCAUGCGCUUGCUCAGCAGAGACGUGCCCGUGGGAUGGCCGCAUCGACCAUCGACAUUGGCGCCGUGUUCGGAGUCGGGUUCAUUGCCAGAGCGGGUCGUGAACACGAGGUAGAGGUCGUUAAGUUUAUCUUCAAUGAGGUCAACGACUGGGAGCUGCAUGCCCUUUUUGCAGAGGCUGUUGUUGCUGGCCGCAACUGGGCGACCAAGGAUGUCGAACUGUCCGAUCACCACACCAAGGGCGAGGACGCUGCUGGUGCGGUCGGGUCCGUUAAGGAUCAACUUCUCAAGGCUGAAACCAUGGACGAGGUUCGCACGAUCAUCCUCGACGGCCUCUCCGGCAGGAUCCGUGGGGCGUUGCAGCUUACUGCGGCCGAUGAGCCGAAUCUGACCGUGCCUCUGAUCGAUCAGGGCGUGGAUUCCCUCAGUGCCUUUACGGUCGGCUCAUGGUUCACGAAGAACCUGAAUAUCGACAUUCCCCUGCUGAAGAUCCUUGGUGGUGCCUCGGUACCCGAUCUGAUAGACGAGGCUGUCUCCCGCUUGACACCUGAAGCUAUUCCCCUGGCUCAUUCGCCAUGGUCGGAAAUUGCAGCGCACUCAGCCACUGCGGCGUAGCGCUGCGGGUCGAGGAUUGACGGUUGGAUUAGGGGACUAAGUCGAGGGCUUCAGGGAUCUGCGGUUUAGGGUAUAGUACUGCGUAUCCGUCUGUCGAUACUAUUUCAAGGACGUCUGGUACACGAUUCUGAGUGUCAGGCGCGUAUGAAUUGAGUUAGAAGCUAGAGUAGUUUUGUCUACAUCGCUUUUUACAAACCAUCAAAUUUACUACCACAAAGGUGGGAUCA